ACUACAAGAUGGCGAUACCAUUACUAGGAAGACUUUCAGUUGCUGAGUAUUGCAUUCUUAGUGUGAGCUUCACACUUGCUUGGCUAGAGUAUAUCAUCUCAUAUAUCACUCAUAUUCUUCCGUCUCCGGUCAUUAAUGGGUUCACCUUCACGGUUAAGAAGAUCUAUAACAUGCUUAACUUGACCAUCCUGUACAACUCAGACAAGAGAUACCAGUAUUUAUACGAACAAGAACAGAAUGAAAUCGACAAGGCGACAUAUCUCCGUAUGACGCGUCUUAUUGAGUGUAAAGAUAUCAGUGAGUUGGCGGCAGUUUUUGGCUACGAUAUCCAAAGUCAUGUGGUGAGAACUGCCGAUGACUACCUUUUAACUAUCCACAGGGUCAUGAAAUCUCCCGAUGAAUCGCCUCCUCGUAACGGAAAGGUGGUGUACUUGCACCAUGGGCUUUUAAUGAGCAGUGAAAUCUGGUUGACCAUGUUGCAAAAGCAUGAAAACUUGCCUUUCCUUUUGUACGACUUGGGGUACGAUGUGUGGUUGGGAAAUAACAGAGGAAACAAGUACUGUCAAAAGCACACGUUUUUGAGAAAACCCGAAGACUUCUGGGACUUUUCUAUUGACGAGUUUGCCAUGUUCGAUAUACCCAAUAUCAUCGAGUAUAUUUUGGAUUAUACCCUCGAACCCUCGUUAACUUACAUUGGAUUCAGUCAGGGAACUGCGCAAGCAUUUGCCAGUGUGUCAAUAAAUAACGAGUUGAAUUCCAAGAUCGAUAAAAUCAUUGCCAUUAGUCCGGCCACUACUCCUCAUGGAUUAUACUCCAAGUUUCUUGAUAUUGUCAUCAAAGCAUCGCCAGACAUCAUUUACUUAUUAUUCUCGCGGAAGAUUUUAAUGCCCUCAAUUCAGUUUUGGCAAAAAAUCAUGUAUCCUCCAUUAUUCAAUACUUCCAUCGACAUUUCCAACUACAUGUUAUUCAACUGGAAGGCUAAGAAUAUUACUAGAAUCCAAAAGUUGUGCCUGUACUCUCAUUUGUAUUCCACUACUUCGGUGAAAACAGUGGUUCACUGGUUUCAAAUUAUGAAAAACAAAAACUUCCAAAUGUAUAUUGAUAACAAUUAUUAUCCCACCACAUAUCCUUUGAAAAAUAUCACCAUUCCAAUCUACUUGAUAUAUGGUGACUCGGAUUCUUUGGUUGAUAUUAGUGUCAUGAAACGACAAUUACCUUCGGAACUUGGGGCAUCUGUGGCAGUUCAAGGACACGAACAUCUUGAUAAUCUCUGGGGCGUCGACGUGAACCCAAAUGUGUUUUCUCACGUGUUACGAUUUAUGGACAGCAAUAUUCAUCAGAAUGGCUCUGUUCAUAAAGAAUAAUAUAUAGCGUUGUAAUAUACUAAUUGGUGAU